AUGAAGGAGGCCUUCCGGGCCACCAAGGAGAUGCUCCGCCAGGCGGAGCGAAGAAAUUGGGAGAGCAAUGAUGACAUGGCCUCCUUGGUGCAGGAGGAUGACAGUAUGUCACCUUGCCUGGGUGGAUUCAAUCAAACGCAGACGGUGUCCAACCUGCUCAUGCCCACGCUGUGCCCAGCCUCGCUGCCGUUCCGGGAGCGCUUAGCUCGCGCCGUUCCAGCGGCGAACGCGGAUAAAGCCCUUGUCUGGUCAAGGCUCGCUGCCGCGGAGACUACGGAAGCGCUGGCUUCGGAUGAAGCUUCAAGCUUGGUAGAGGUCAACAGCGGGGGCCACGUCUUUUUCGCCCUGCUGAGCCGCCUUGGCGGGGGCGGGGAGGAGGCCGUGGUGCUGAAGUUCUGCAACAACCGCUACAUCCUGCAGUCCGAACAGAUGGCCGCAGAGCUUGCGCGCCACCUGGGCGUUCCCGGCCCAACCUCCCGCAUCCUUUUGAAGCAGCACGACAGCACGGAGUGGCAGCAGCUGGCGAUGCAUGCGACAGAGGUUUGCCCCUUCCUGGCCGAGAUGCUGGAGAAGAAGGUGUCCAUGCUCCUGCUGCAGUUCGUGCCCGGGAGCAAUUUGGAGCAUGAGGAGGUGGCCUUUCAGCCAGAGAACUUGACCUCCACGGGCCAAGCCCUGGGUCGGCUCUUUACGCUGGACCUGCUGUUGGGCAAUGCGGACCGCCUGCCCAUCCAGUCCCUGGGCUGGCGGGGGAACCCUCACAACGUGCUGUGGGGCGUCGGUGGGCGCUGCGUGCCCAUCGACGCCGCGGUCACCCGGCGCCCCCCCAAGCUGUUGGUGCGGGACAUGGACCAGAAGGCGGCGUGGCUCUUAGAGCUGGCGCUCUUGGACCGUGCCAGCGCGCAGCAAGUGCUGCUGGAGGCGGUGAGUUGCAACCAACGCGCCGUGAGGGCGGUGGAGGCGGACUGGGCGCCCAGUGAAGCGGCCUGGGCCAAGCGCCAGGAUGGCAAAGGCGGCACCAGCAGCGUCAAGGCCUUCAACGAGGGCGUGAAGGCGGCCCUGGCCGAAGUGGUCCAGGAGCAAGGCUUGCUGGAGAUGGUGACCAACGUGGUGGAGAGUUGGAUCGAGAAUUUCAAGGCCGACAUGAAAGAGGUGCGGCCGACUGGGGAGCUGAAGCUGAGCGCUACGGUGGAGCUGCGGGAUCUCAGCAAGGAGGAGAGCAAGCCCGACGUCUUCAAGGAGCGGCUGGCUGCAUGGCAGGACCUUCUGCGGGAGAAGAGCCAGGCCUUAGCUGAGGCGGUGGACGAGUGGGCGGCGCGCAGGAACAAGAAAGCCUCCUUCUCCUUCCGGGGCUUUCUGGGUGAAAGCGUGCUGAAUCCGGUGGCGGACGCCUACGAGCUGUUGGUGCGGCUGAAGCAGCUCACCAGCCGCGUCAAGGUGGUGCACAUCGCCGGCUCUGUGGCGCGACCCGCGGACCUGGGGCCAAAGGCGCCCCUGCUGCUGGGCGGCGCGACCAGCCUUUGCCUGCAUUUGCUUCGGAAGCUGGGCGCGACGCACAUCCUGAACUGCACGGAAGAUCUGCCAGCGCCGUCCGAGGAGGAGCUCGGGGAGCUGCGAUGGGAGCGCCUGGCACUGCCGGAUAAGGAAGACCAGGACUUGAUGCCAACCCUGCAGAAGGCCUUGGAGAUCAUUUCGGAGGCCGAGAAGGGAGGCGGCAAGGUCUUGGUCCACUGCCACGAGGGCAAGAGCCGCUCGGUCUCCGUGUGCCUGGCGUACCUCAUCUCCCAGCAGCGCCUCCCGCUGUCGGAAGCCUUGGCGUACGUCAAGUCCAAGCGCCCGCAGGCCCGGCCCAACGCGGGGUUCCUGCGGCAGCUGCUGGGCCUCGAGCUGCAGCUCCUGGGCCGCGCCUCGGAGCUGCCGGAGGAGCUGCUGCGGGGCAAGCCCGUGCUCAGCUCCUCGCGCUCCACCUCCAAGUGA